GUUGCAUUCGGCAGUAGUCAGUAUAUCGCGAGAUUCGACCCGUCUCUGUUCGCACAGUGUGCUUGGUGUGGUGAAGAAGUGAUCAGAAGAGGGCCACUAUGCAGCGCUGGAGUACUUGGCAGGGUCCUCUGAGCCUGGUGGUGCUCAUCCUUGCGACCGGAUCCGUGUGGGUGCAGGUCCAAGGGCACGAAGAGCACGAUGCACACCACUGGAAGCAUAUGGCGCACGAGCUGCUGUUCGAGAAGAAGGACUACACGAUGCAGAAGAUUAACAUUGCCAAAAACAUCAUGGUGUUUGUCGGGGCCGGGAUGUCCCAGGCGACCGUAACUGCUGCCCGGUACUACAACGGGGGCGACAAUGAAACGUUUGCCUUCGAGCGUUUGAAGUGGAGCGGAAAUGCAAGGACUUACUGCGUCGAUAGCCGUGUACCGGACAGUGCCUGCGCCGGGACAGCCUUUCUGACCGGUGUGAAAUCCAACUUCGGCACCGUGGCCAUGGAUCCGACGGUCCGCCGGGGCGAGUGUACGAACGAUGGGGCGAAAAAACUUGCCUCCAUCGCCAAAUGGGCCCUCGAGGCGGGUAAAGCGGUUGGCUUCGCUACGACAUCUCGCGUUACGUCCGGUUCGACUGCCGCCCUGUACGCCAACAGUCCCGACAGUGACUGGGAAAACGAUGCGGCCGUGAAUGCGGGCGGGUGCAAUACUGCUACCGUACCGGACAUUGCUCAUCAGCUAAUCCACAGUGACAUUGGAAAACAAUUUAAGGUUAUUCUUGGUGGAGGACGGAAACAUUUCAUUCCAACCACCGAAAUGGAUUCUUCCGGUGCGCGAGGACUGCGAACCGAUGGUAAAAACCUCAUCAACGAAUGGAAACAGUCAAAGCAGGGAGCAAACGCGACGUAUAUAACAACUGUGGGUGAACUGGCCAGCCUGGACACCACCAAGAUAGACUACCUGUUCGGCCUGUUCGACUACGACCAUCUGCCCUACAGUGCGGACAUCGGCAACGGCAGUGAUACGCCGGCCCUCGUUCGCAUGGUACACUAUUCGCUCGAGAUGCUCCAGAAACCGGACCACACCGACGGAUUCCUGCUGUUCGUGGAAGAUGGCAAUAUCCGGCGGGCACACGGACAAAACAAGCCACGCAAAGCGUUCGACCAGGUUCGCCACUAUGCGAACGCCUUCAACAUGGCUAAAAUGAUGGCCAACGAACAGAAUACGCUCUUUAUCUCGAUGAACGACGUGGGCAGUACGCUCGCCCUGCCCGGCUAUCCGGCCCGUUCCUCAGAUCCGAUGGGUACAGCGGCCGGUACCAGCAGCGAUGAUGCACUACCAUACCUUGGGCUUAGCUAUGCGACAGGGCCGGCACACUCGCACUACUAUCGUGCCGGUGUUGGACGGCUAGAUCCGAUGGAAGUGCUGCAAGGUGUACCGAACGCCCUGGAACGAACCUGCCCGGCACUGGUCCCGAUGGCCGAAGGUGCCGAUGGUGGUGAAGAUGCCAGCGUGUACGCUUCAGGACCGUGGGCGUUCAUGUUGUCCGGAGGUUACGAGCAGCACUUUGUUGCCCACACGAUUGCGUUCGCUUCCUGCAUGGAUGGGGCGUGUGAUGGAGCGGCCACGUUGGUUCUUUCGUGGGUUGCGAUCCUUGGUGCGGUUGGUGCGAGAUUGUUUGCCUAGAUUUGUAGCUAAUUGCCAAGUGUAGCUUGGCGUUGUAAACGGACGCGUAAUGUGAGACCGAAGAAUCCACUUGUCAGAUGGAACCAUGCCCGGAAUAAGUCAGGAAGGAGUAGAGCAGAUGCGAGACAUAGGAAGCGGAGAACUUUGGGUUGGAAUGACUUGGGAUGGUUUAUCUAAAAAUAAAGAAAUCGAGGAGUUUGUAUUGCCUUGUUUGAGAUAA